GUUUAGAAAAAACAAAUGAAUUCGUUGAAACGUGUACCUCAUACUAUCUCUCCCCUACAAAUACUCGAGGAGGUAAAUGACUUUCACAAAGGUUACUACGGACUCGAAGUACAAAAUAUAGUAAUACAACAAUAUGGAUCGUAAAAACGACGUCGCACUGCCCUCAAGACUUUCCAUUCAAAAUCAAAUUCCAAUCCCCCUAAUAAUAAUACCCUCAAAAAGUUUCCCCGCCAACUCCGCCCAUGGCACUUUCUACCCCACCAGCUCCGCCGGAUCCUACGGCGGCCGCCUCCACCAGCGCCGCCACAACCACCACGACUGCCGCGGCAACAACUAUAACCACCGGCAGCACUACAAGAUCAAUUUACUCUAUCCCUCUAAGACCACCCACCCCUCAACCUCACCCCCAUUUUUCCCUCCAAUCUUCUCCUCACUACCCACCCACCCAACGCUUACCCCCCUCCACCACCAAUCCUAAUUACUCUCAAUUACUACUUAAACCUCCUAAUCCCGACCAAACAUCUCAUCUUCACAGUAUUCUAUACCCGGUUGCUUCUUCCGGCCGCGGGUUUUUGUCCAAACCUAGUAGUAAUUACCCGAAUCGGCCAGUUGUUAGACCGACUUUUGGGAUGAAUCAUAUGGAUCCAGGUUCGGGUACGGGCACGGGUCAGGGUGCCGGUGGUAGAUCAGGCCAUUUUCAGCACGCUCUUAUUGGGUCGUCUCCUGCUGCUACCAAUUCUGCUGUUCCUGCUCCUGGUGGUGGCUUGCUUGGCGCGGUUAAGGGAUUCCCAGUAGUCAGUUCUUCGCAUCCCAAGAUUGCUUCUACUCAGCCUUCCAUUUCAGAUUGUAAUGGUUUCAGAGAGAAGAGGGACAGAAGUAAGGAUGAUACCUUUGCUAUAAUCAGAGACAGAAAGGUCCGAAUUUCUGAUAAUGCUUCCCUCUAUUCCCUCUGUCGCUCAUGGUUGAGGAAUGGGCUUCCAGAUGAAACUCAGCCCCAGUACAUGGAUGGGAUAAGAUCUCUUCCUAGACCCUUGCCGCUAGCUCCACAAGAUGCCGAGUCUCCUGUGAAAAAGGAUGGAGAUAAAGAAGACGAGGAAGAGGAUGGGGAAUCUGUCGAGCAUUUAUCUGCGAAAGAACUUUUGCAAAGACAUGUCAAGCGUGCUAAAAGGAUUAGAUCACGAUUAAGGGAAGAAAGGCUUAGACGGAUUGCAAGAUACAAAACCAGGCUUGCUCUUCUUCUCCCUCCAAUGUUAGAGCAGCAAUUCAGAAACGAUCCAGCUUCUGGAAACUAAACUAUGCAACUGGUUCGUAGGCUCUCAUGUGCUCCUUGCUGGAGCGCUCAUAUUUCGUUAGUCAUAUAUAUGUACCUUGAGGACUUUGGGGAGCGCUCAGGUUUGAUGUUAUUGACGUUGGGGGCAAAAUGGUGUAUGCUGGUGCAAUACAGGCGGUUUGGUAGUGUAAUUUAGUGUUGCUUGUUAGCUUGUAUUUAUAGCAUGGUGAUGCUAUUAGAAUAGGAGGAUAACGAUUUAGCUAGGAAAUAAAUCAUCAAUGUUUCUGAGUUGUAAUUUAGUGGUUCUGGUGAUAUUCUUUGUUGUCCUUUAGAUUAUUUACUUAUGGAACUCGUCAAAUUUAACUGAUAGGUUUAAAUGAGUUGAACAAGUUCAAUUAGA